AUGGUACUCAUGUCAACCUACCGCAACAGCAGACUCGUCUCUAAGGAGUUUCUGCAUGCCCCUGUGAUGCGAUUCCGUGCACUUGGUGAGUAUUACUUCCAACGUGCGUGGAAUGGUUCUCUCAACUGGGCUAUUCCUGGUGAGUAUCGUCUCUACGCUGUGAUGAUUCCAUUCAUCUACUUCUAUCACCGCUGGCAUCAGGAGCACACAUUGGAUAUUGAUCACGUGGAAAAGGCAAUGAUCAUGCGAUGGGGCGGUACACUGGAGGAGGUGCGUAAAUUAUCUGCAAAGGACCAACUGCGUAUUCGGUGCUUUACAGAUAUAGAGAAACUGUACUCGGCGUAUGGGCCAAAGGAUGUGAAUGUGCAGCCCGCAGGAGAUACACUCCCAGGGAAGGACUUCUACACUAAGUUAGGACAUGGACACUAA